AUGAAAGACGACGCUGCGCAGUCGCAGCGCCAAGUCGCUACUGGGGGAAUGCCUACCAGCUUCGGUGUCUUGGGGGAGACGUUCCCAUCCACCUCAGCUGCUGCAGCCAACGCAGGCUUGGCAUUAGGAGCUGUUGCAGCAGCAGCAGCGCCAGCUGCUGCCUCCUCUACUCUCUGGCUGGUAGACUCUGAGGGGCAGAACUGUCUCUCAGCAGCAGCGCCCUGGUCCUCCCAAGUCACCGCUACAGCUGUUCAGCAGCAGCAUGCAGCAGAGCUGCAGCAGCUUGAGUUUCUCAAGCAACGACGGCAGCACCAGUUGCUGUUGCUGCAACAGCAGCAAGCACAGCAGCAACAUAUACAUGAGCAGCAGCUUAGACAGCAGCUGCUCAUGCCGCAGCACAAUCCUCUCCAGCAUUCCGCCAACUCUCAAGUUCUCCAGCAUCAUUUGCAGCUGCAACAACUGCAGCAGCAGCAGCAGCAGCAGUUCCAGCAACAGCAGCUGCAGCACAUACUAAGCCAGCAGCUGUUGCGGGAGCAACAGAGCCAGAGGGAGGCGGAGGAACAGCUGGCGAGGCAGCUGCUGCAGCAGCAGGAGUUGCUGAAGCAGCAGGAGCUGUUGCAGCAGCAGAAAUUGUUGCAACAGCAAGGACUGCUGCAGCAACACGAAUUGAUACAGCGGCAGGAGCCUCCGGAGUUACGUGAGCUGCAGCAGCAGCAAGAGCUUCAGCAGGAAGAACUACUGCAGCAGGUCGUGCAGGAGCAAGCGACAGCAGCACUGAGUUCUGGGCAGGCUUCCUCACUGCCUGAUGAUCGAAAGGAGCAGCAGCAGCAAGUACUGCUGCUGCUUCAGAAUGAGCAGCAGCAGCAGGAGGAGCAGAGGGCGGGCGCCGCAGGGGUUCCGGGAGUCACUGACGCAGCAACCAAGCAGCAAGGGGCUCCUCUGAACAGCAGCAGCAACGGCAGCAGCAGCAGCAGCACCCCAAUUUCACAUGAGCCUCCAGAAGCGGCGGAAUCUGCUGCUGCAGAUUGCAGCAGCAACGACCGAAUCAGGGGCGAAGCAGCAGCUUCGUCGCCUCCUUCUCUGCACUCCUUGCCAGGUGGUUCGGUGGCUGCGGCUGCAGCAUCAACAGCAGCAGCAGCAGCAGCAGCAGCGGAAACAGCAGAGGUAGAAGACCCUGGGGGCGGUCCUCACCCAUCUUUGCCCUCUAAAGUUCCCCGAGGUGUUUGGUUUAACCGCUCCACUGGCUGUUGGCUGGCUUGCGUUUCAGGAGUAGGAAAGAGGCUGCACGUGUUUAGUUCGAAACGCUACGGACACGAGAGAGCGUUUCAAAUGGCCGUCAACUGUAAGGAGGCCGAUAGGGCUCAAGCAGCAGCGGGAGGAGGGGGGGCCCCUGGGGGGCCCCCUCAGGACCUGUUUGCUGCUCCUACACCGAAGGGUCACGCUGCGGGCGCUUCUCCUGCAGCAGCAGCAGGCAACAGGAGAAGCAGAGCCACGACUUCGAGGAAGCAGCAGCAGCAGAGUGUUGUUCAAGCGCUGUCCCCGGGAAGGAGCUCCAAGGCAACAGAUUCAGAUAUUGCUGCUUUGCAACAAGCAGAGGGAGAGGAGGAUGAAGCUGUGGACUCUGCAACAGACACGCGAACAGAUGAAGGAUCCGUACGCCUUGCUGCUGCGCAUGCUGCUGCUCCUGCUCCUGCUGCUCCUGCUGAUGAGCAGCGACUCGUCCGUCUUGCAGUUUUUUAUAUGGCUUUCGGCCGGGGGGCUGAGGCGGCUGCUAGCGGCCUUUGCUCUGCCUUCGGGCUGCCGGAGGAGGGGGGCCCCCAGCGGAGCAAUGGGGGCCUCUACAGCAGCAGCAGCAACAACGGGAACAGCAGCAGCAUGAAGCCUGUGACGCGCACUAGCGGGGGCGGGACAUACGAACGACCGAGAACGGAGUCUCUGCUUGAUGGAGCUGUGAUUGAUUUGUUGAGCAGUGUCUUCGUGGAGUCACUGCUGCUGCUCACGUCCUUGGCGCCCCUUCACAGCGUAUUGCGUGUGUUGUUUUGUGUUUUUGUCUGUCUUUGUCUCUUCUUCUUUUUCUCAGUGCCUAAGGGUGUUUGGUUUAAUUCACACACCAAGUCCUGGACCUGCACGACUGCGGGGCCUAAGCGGCAGCUCCUUGUUUUCUCUUCAAAUCGAUUUGGGUUUGCUGAGGCGCGUAGAAUGGCAAUAUCUGCUAGGCUUGCAUCAUUAAAGUUAGAGGGGCUUCCUGUUCCUAACUGCCCCCUCCUCUAUGAGCCUCCGGGAGGGGUGGGGGGCCCCGGGGCCCCUGGGGGUAUCCCUGGAGAAGGAGUCACUUCUCAGGGGGUCCCAGGGCUGGGGGGCCCCCCUGGGGGCCCCGCUGAUGGCUGGGGCGGGUAUUCGCCUCAUGAGGGAGACGAUGGGUACGGUGGCGCACUGGGGGGUGUUGGGGGGCCCCGUAGAAGAAGGAGACAAAGAGAUGGGGGCCCCCCGUUGGUGCAUUGCCGGCAGAGACGCGGUGCUGACGGAGACGACAGCGGCUCAGACCCUUGGGAUAUGUUUAGGACCGGUAUUCCGUUUGCUGCAGAGACGGACGGGGUUUCUUCCUCUGCAGCAUCAGCAGCAGGUGAUGGCUUUCCUUUGAGGCGUUUGUGUGCAUCUGAGCGUCGGCUGCUGGAAGUAGGGUCAAUAGCAUUAGAGCUGCUUCUAAAGGAUUUGCUGCGGCUGUGCGGUGUAGAGCUGGCGGGUGCUGCUGCUUGCUUCACCUUCCCUGUCUUCACCGCAAUUCACAGAGCUAUCUCCAGAACACAGAAGGCCUCAGACCCUCUCCAGUUCGAGCGUCUCUUUAAAGCUUUUUCUGUAUGCGUGCGGCAGCAGCAGCUGCCCAGCAGACUCAGGCCCAGGCAGCAAGCGGAGCUCCUCACUAAAGUUCUUGCUGCAGAGCGGGUUUACAAGAAGGAACAGCAGCAGCAGCAGCAACAGCAACUGCAGCAGCUACAGCAGCAGCAGCAGCAGCAGCAGCAACAGCAGCAAAGUUCGCCGGCUGAGGCUGCACCGACAGAGUCGAACGCCUCUGCUGCUGCUGCUUCUCCUGCUGCUGUAACUGCAGAAGAAUGCACAGCAACUGCCGAACAAGCAGCAGCGUCUGCAUCAACAGCAGCAGCAGAAACUGAUCCAGCAACUGCAGCAACAGCAAAUGAUGCAACAACAGCAGCUACCGCUGCACCUGCAGCAGCAGCCGAUGAUGCAACAUCAGCAGCUGGAGCUGAAGGGCCGGCAUCCGCUGAUGCAGCGUCACUAUCACCAUUAACUAAUGCAGCAGCAGCAACGCCAGCAUACCUACCGGAAGACAGCGUUACUGAUGCAGCAGCGACAACCGCAAGCGUUGCAGCAGCAGCAGCAGUAGAAAGCAAUGCAGAAGCAACGGCAAGCUAUGGAGAAGCAGCAGCCGCAGCAGCAGCAGCAGCAGCAGCCGCAGCUGAGACAGCCCCUGAACCGAUGCAGACUCAAGCAGCCACAGACGACGGAAGCAUUAACUGCAGCACAGCAGCAGAAGGUUCUACUGCUGCUGCAGCUGAAGUGCCUGAAGACGUUGCCGGUGGAAGUGCUGCUGCUGCAACUGAUGCUGUUCUUGCUGCAGUUACUGCUGUUGAUGAAGCUGCUGUUCUUGAUGGAGCUGUUGCAGGUGCUGCUCUUGAUGCAGCUGCUGCUCCUGCCGCAGUUGCUGCCCUUGAGGCAGAUGCUGUUUUUGAAACAGCUGCUGCUCCUGCCGAAGCUGCUGCUCUUGAUGCAGCUGCCGCUUCUGCUGAAGCUGCUGCUGGUGAUGCAACUGCUGCCCCUGCUGCAGCUGGUGCUGUUGCUGCUACUGAUGACAUUUCUUCGGCCUGCAAAUCCUCACCAGUUGCCCUUGAGCAAGAGACGGCAGCAGCAACAGCAGCAGCAGCGGAAGCAGCAGCAGCAGGAGCUCCGCCUGAAGGAGCAGUUGCUGCUGAGCUUGAAGCAGAGGCAGCACCAGAAGCUGCAGCAAUAGCCCUCACAGGACUAGAGGAUGCGGCAGCGAGUGAACCUGCAGCAGCUGCUGCACCAGCAGCUACAGCACCAGCUGCAGUAGCAGCUGCAGCAGUUGCUACUGCAGCAGCAGCGGACGGGACGUUACCAGCAGCCGCAGCUGAGAGUAGCACCGCAGGAGCAGCGGCAGAUCCAGUCACAGCGGACGCAGCGCCAGAAGAUGCUGCAGCAGAAGCAGCAGAGCAGCAACUGGUUGCAGCUAGCUCUAGUUCAGCUGUGUCUUGCAGCGUACAAGAAGGGGAGCUGCAAGAGCAACCCCACAGCGGUGCACGCAGCAACACUUGA